GUUCAAGAAGUCAGGUUAAAACAUUAGGUUAAGAUCAUUAUCAUUUAAGUUUUUUGUCCAUAGUAUUAUCCAUUAAUUUAAGAAUAUAAGUAUUGUUGGUGAUGUUAUCACCAUUAUCCAUUACGUGUAUGUGUUAAUCUAUCAACGUGUUAUUGGAGUGUAUGACUAUAGAUUUCCAACAUGUCUUGGUUAGGCCAAAACAAUUUAACUAGUUUCCAAAAGUUUUGUAUCAAAGUUUUGAAAUAUGGACCUGUGCCACAACACAUUGCAAUUAUCAUGGAUGGCAAUAGAAGAUUUGCUAAAAAGACAAAUGUCCAGAAAGCAGAAGGCCAUUCCAAAGGUUUUGAAAAACUUGCUGAAUGUUUAAAUUGGUGCCGAGAGCUGGGUAUCAGAGAAGUAACUGUGUAUGCAUUCAGUAUUGAGAAUUUUAAAAGGUCACAAGAUGAGGUAGACCACCUAAUGCAAUUGGCCAAAGAAAAAUUCCAAAAACUAUUUGAAGAAAAAGAAAGAUUGAUGCAAGAAGGUAUUUGUAUAAGAGUAAUUGGUGACUUAUCUUUACUCUCUGAAGAUUUAAGAAAACUAGUUGCAGAAGCUACUCUUCUUACCAAAGAUAACAAUAGAUCCAUAUUAAAUGUAGCAUUUUCUUAUGUUUCCAGGGAAGAAAUAACUAAUAGCAUCAAAACAAUUGUUAAAGGUGUGGAGGAGGGUUAUUUAGAGAACAACGACAUUUCUGAAGAAUUGAUUUCAAGUUGUUUAUAUACCUAUUUGAGCUCCAGUCCUGAUAUCUUAAUACGAACUUCAGGAGAGGUCAGAUUAAGUGAUUUUUUGCUUUGGCAGAUAUCACAGAGAACAGAAAUUUGUUUCACUGAUGUCUUAUGGCCAGAAUUUUCAAUUUGGAAUUUACUAGGAAUCAUUUUUAAGUACCAGAGAAUGGUGAGAAAUAAUGUAUUCCACGAUGAGGGAAAUAAUACAUUCCAAGAUUAUAUAAAUAAACCCACUGAUGGAUGUCAUCCACGGAUAGAAAAUUUUAGUAGAGAAAUUGAAAUUAAAAGGAGAAAACAACUGGAAAUAUAUGCAGAUGCAUAAAAAUUGCAAUUAUUUAUGAUCAGUAUCUUUAAGUACAAAAUAAAACAAUUAUUUAGAAAAUAAAAAUUAUAUUAAAC